CUUUCCAGCACAUGAUCCCGUGCAGCGCGAGCAAGGUGACAGUCAAAGAACGCCAUCCGCCACAGCUGCGAACCUCGUCGCGCCGAGUCGAGCGCCCGGCUCACUGAGAAAUAACCACUCCCAUCUAGCACCGACCAACCUUCUCUGCCCGCCGUCGCCAACGCUGCCUCACACGCCCACACCCAUACCCACACCCACGCCCAUGCCCAGCAGCCGAGCAAGCGAGAGAGAAAGAGAGAGAGGAAACGGCAGCACGCAAGAACGACCGCCGUUCUGCCUUCUCGCCGACCGACAACAUUAACACCACCUCAGCACUGCUUCAAACACAAACACCACACGGCCAGCUUCACAGGCGAGCCAAUGUGUCCGCCGUGAUACCGACCAUCAUCAACACCGCUAUCGGCUUGUUCCUGCCAACAUUUGCACUGCUGCACCCUUACUACAUGUCUUGAAGAGCUGAGGCCUACACGACAAACAUGGUUAAGCCAGACCUCAAGCAUAACUACUAUCAGGACCUCGAUCUUCCCAUCACUGCAUCAGUCGACGAUGUUCGCAAGGCCUACCGGAAACUAGCCUUACAGUUCCACCCCGAUCGCAAUGCUGGGAGGGAGGAGGAAUGCGUGCCGCGCUUCCAGGCCAUCCAGGCAGCGAACGAGAUUCUGAGUGAUCCUACAUUGAAGGCAAAGUACGAUGCAGAUCGGCGGAAAGUGGGACUGUAUCCAUCCUUUACCAGAAACAACGCACCCGGGUCCACCGGCAGUCCUUAUGCAGCACGAUCAGAUUUCCCUCCGCCUCCAAGGCGCACACAGCCUGGGACGUGGCAAAGACCCGGCGGACAGACAGCGCAUGGACCGCAGCCAACCGGCGCUGAGAGGUUCACCAACUUCCCUCGCCCCGCUGGUGCUGCGCCGCAGAAGAAUCCCGCAGCAGAUCGGACACAGCAAUUUCGUGCGUGGCAGAAUAUGAAAGAGCCCAGUACUGCGCAUCGCCCUCAGCCUCCGGAAGUACCACCGCGGCAGCAGGCACCGCCUCGAUCACCGCAGCCACCUACCCCCGGCGCCGCUCCUACAUCAGCUCGUCCGCAAGCAUCUAGGAGGAAUACAAACCUGGAAGAGAGAAUAAGAGCUGGCAUGAGACAUGGUACAACUGCAGGACCAAGCGCGGAAGAGGCAGCGAGUCGUCAGUCUGCAUGGCAGUCGUUCCAAAACAGCAACGCUGGUCAGCCUGGCAUGAAUAGUAACGGACAGCGCAGACGGCCACCUGCAACACCAAAGCGUCCCGGGGGAUUUGAUCCCAACGCCCCGGGCUCCGAUGAGAGACCCGCGCCACAGUCAAGUCAUUACGUGCAUCGGCACAAGUCAGAUGACUUUGGAGGUGACGGAUUCCCGCCUCCUCCGCCAGGGCCUCCGCCAGGGUCUGCACCUCAUUCGCCAACCUCGCCUGAUACUCAGCGACCAUCCCGAAGUAGAGCGUUCAACGAUGAUGCGCCGUAUGCUGAGGCCAACCGUACGAGUACUCCAUACUCAUCUUAUAUCGGCGAGAAGACGGCUUUCAAUGCCAGUGGCCUUGCACGAUCAGCCAGCGUUCGCGACACCACGAAAUUAUCCCCUGAGAGUGCUAAUAGUUCUUCUUCAACGCGUGCGCGUAGCGUGGAUCCUGCGACAAGACGCACUCAGGCCAGCAGUGGAAGCCCUACUCACCCUCCAUAUGCCAACGAAAAUGCUGCUCGAAUGCGCAGCGCAUCCACAUCAACAUCAACUUCAGAGGAGUCUUCUGACGACAACGACGACGGCGACGAUGAUGACGACGACGACGUAGAUGAUGUACCAGAGCAGAGACCCACUUCAGGUCCGCCGAGUAGGACAUCUUCCAACACCGCGCAGCCAGGUGGUCCUGCUGGAAGAAAUAUCAAAACGCCCAAACCUCCUAGUCGGUUCUUCCCGAAUAGAAACGGAGCCACGAAUAAAUAUCCGCUGCCAGACAACGACGGUUCUGCGCAUACCGAUGGCGAACAGGCAACCAAGCAAGAGCGUAAGAAAAGCGAAAACAUUUUCUCAUUCCCAAUCGACCCCGAGACGUUCAAGCAAACGAAAGGCAAGAGUCGAAGUGUGGAGGAGAUCAAUACUACAUUCUCGCCAGGGGGGUUCCACGGUAAAUUCGAAGGAUCUGGAGACUAUUUCGCAAAUGGAGAUGCACGCAGGCCAUCUCCCGCACAUCGUCAAUCUUCGCGACGCAGUCAGCGCACUGCGACCACAGACUCGACAUCAACCAGUAAUGGAACGUCGCCAAUGCCACGGGCUCCCCAACCUGCCACGGGUGACACCUCUCAACCAGGCCCGAACGCGCCAUUCAGCCCCGAAGCUUGGCAGAAGACUUUCAGCGAUGGCGGCGCUUUUGCUUGGCCGCCCCCACCGCCUGGUCCGCCAGGUUUCAAAGCUCCAAGCAGGAAGAGCAGCCGAGCAACCAGGGCAAAUGGUAAAGGCCCCACGAGUGGCUCCGCGCAGCAGCCACAUGUAAUAGAUGACGAUGUUGUGAUUGGAGUGGACAGCACUGGCCGCCCAAUGAAUAGUUCUGCGUUCCCUGAUGACGGUGAUGCCAUGGAUAUCGACACGCCGCCCCCAGCUGAGAGGGCAGCGCCAGCUGAAGAAGGCACGCCAUUGGCAAAAGAAGCACGUUUGUACUCUGUGCCACCAUCAGAGUGGCGGCAGCAACAAGCUUCACAGCCACAGCAACUUCGACAUACCUCAGGUUCUGCACGACGAGCUGAGCGGAAGUCGGCCGGCGAGUCGAGCUUGAACGUCAAUUUGGAUGACCUUCGACACACGGAGCCAUUUGCACGAAGUAACGAUGGACUCAAGGGUAUGGGUGACCUGACAUCCAGUCUACCUUUUACUUCAAAGGCAUCAUCUGUGCUUCAAACUCAGAUGCCACGCCCUGUGUCGUAUCUUCAGCAGAGCGUGCCACUACCAAAGGCACCAGAAGGCCCCACGAAGCUCACCAGGACAAGUUGGGACGCUUACUAUCAGAAGUUUGCCAAUUACCUGGUUGCUUUUCAUAGUUGGAACAAGGCGUAUCUCCAAUAUUUUGAGAGCUGUGAACAGGAAGCAGAAACUCGCAUCAAGAGUGGGAGCGGGUGGCUUGUACAGAGUGGCGAUACCGUCAAUGGAACGAAAGGAUUUGCCAGCUACUUGCGUUCGGCCAGAGACGAAAAUCAGACGCGGGUGGUGUAUGGACUGGGACGUGAUAAGCAUCUCGAGGCUGUGGAGAGCUUUGACAAAAUACGCGAGAGAGUCAGAGCAUUGACUGAAUCUGGUACUUUGGCGGAUGUAUAGAACUUCAGGCGCCUCUGUGCGAGGCUACGGCAUCGUGAGCGGAAGCUAUGAUUUGGCGACACAUGGAGUUUUUUGGGGUUUUUUGGCUUGAGUUCUGCGGCCCGUCUUUCGAAAAUGUUAGGGCUAGUGCUUUGUUUUAUACCCCCAAGGACAGGAUCGUGGUCAACGAUACCAUAUGAAUACGAUGGUGCUCACUCAC